AUGAACAAGCUGUACAUCGGGAAUCUGAACGAGGGCGUCACCCCGGGGGACUUGGAGAGGGUCUUCGCCGACCACAAGAUCGCCUACAGCGGCCAGUUUCUGGUCAAGUCCGGCUACGCGUUUGUGGACUGUCCGAACGAGCAGUGGGCCAUGAGGGCCAUCGAAACUUUCUCCGGCAAAGUGGAGCUGCAGGGGAAACGUCUGGAGAUUGAACACUCAGUCCCCAAAAAGCAAAGGAGUCGGAAAAUUCAGAUCCGAAAUAUUCCCCCCCAGCUCCGGUGGGAGGUGCUGGACAGUUUGCUGGCUCAGUACGGGACCGUGGAGAACUGUGAACAAGUUUUCUACUUUUCUGUGAACACGGAGAGCGAGACAGCUGUAGUCAAUGUCACCUAUUCCAACCGGGAACAAACGCGGCAGGCCAUCUCGAAGUUGAACGGCCACCAGCUGGAGAGCCACACCUUGAAGGUCUCCUACAUCCCCGACGACCAGCCGGCCCAGGGCUCGGAGGGCGGGCGCCGGGGAGGCCUCGGCUCCCGGGGGGGCCCUGGGCGGGGGUCGCCCGGGGCGGCCGGAGCCCCGGCAAAGCAGCAGGCGGCCGACGUCCCCCUGCGCCUUCUGGUGCCCACCCAGUACGUGGGCGCCAUCAUUGGCAAGGAAGGGGCCACCAUCCGGAACAUCACCAAGCAGACCCAAUCCAAGAUCGACGUGCACAGGAAGGAGAACUCGGGGGCGGCGGAGAAGGCCAUCAGCAUCCAGUCCAGCCCCGGGGGCUGCUCUUCCGCCUGCAGGAUGAUCCUGGAAAUCAUGCACAAGGAAGCCAAGGACACCAAGACGGCUGACGAGGUGCCCCUGAAGGUCCUGGCACACAACAACUUCGUGGGGCGGCUGAUCGGGAAGGAGGGACGAAACCUGAAAAAGGUGGAGCAGGACACCGAUACCAAGAUCACCAUCUCCUCCCUUCAGGAUCUGACCCUGUACAACCCCGAGCGGACCAUCACAGUCAAGGGUUCCAUUGAGAACUGCAGCAGGGCCGAGCAGGAGAUCAUGAAGAAAGUGCGCGAGGCCUAUGAGAACGACGUGGCGGCCAUGAGCCUGCAGUCUCACCUGAUCCCUGGCCUCAACCUGGCUGCCGUGGGCCUCUUCCCAGCCUCCUCCAGCACCGUCCCGCCUCCUCCCAGCAGCGGGUCGGGGGCCACCCCUUACAGCUCCUUCACGCCUCCAGAACAGGAGAUGGUACAGGUGUUCAUCCCAGCUCAGGCCGUGGGGGCCAUCAUCGGCAAGAAGGGGCAACAUAUUAAGCAGCUGUCGCGCUUUGCCAGCGCCUCCAUCAAGAUUGCUCCCCCAGAGACCCCGGACUCCAAAGUGCGUACGGUCAUCAUCUCCGGUCCUCCAGAGGCUCAGUUCAAGGCGCAGGGCCGGAUCUACGGCAAACUCAAGGAGGAGAACUUCUUCAGCCCCAAGGAGGAAGUGAAGCUGGAGACGCACAUCCGGGUCCCGGCAGCUGCAGCCGGACGUGUCAUCGGCAAAGGCGGCAAAACUGUCAAUGAGCUCCAGAACCUGACCGCAGCUGAGGUGGUGGUGCCGAGAGACCAGACGCCCGAUGAGAAUGAACAAGUCAUCGUCAAAAUCAUCGGACACUUCUAUGCCAGUCAGAUGGCCCAGAGGAAGAUCCGGGACAUCCUCGCUCAAGCGAAACAGCAGCACCACAAAGGGCAGAGCGGCCAGACCCAAGCCCGGAGGAAAUGAGCCAAGAUUCCCGACC